AGAUUAAAAGAACAUAAUUGUUUGAUUGUUGUCCAAAGAACAUUUACCAUAAUCGCUAGAAGCAAUGUUGUCAUAUCGAAAUAUUGUAACUUUGUCGUUUGGACUUUGAUUGGUCAAAGAUUAUAUUAUAAUGGCGGAAGCAAGAAGAAGCUUUCUCGGUUUUACAGAACGAUUUGUCAACUCAGAUACAGUUCGAUCUUUCUUCUGUAAGGGUGUAUACUUCUCAUUGCUUCUUCGAUUUAUCAUAAAGUAUUAACCAUAGUGAAAGUUUUAGUUGGAGAAAAGAACAAAUAUAAGUUUAAUUGUUAAUUUUUUUUUAUUAAAAAAAAAAAAAAAUAUAUUAUUAUUAUUAUUAUUAUUUUGAAAAAUGUCUUUCGAAUUGGAUGAAUCCCCCAUCGAUGAGGAGACUAAGGCUAUUGCCGUCAAAGAACUCAGGGAAACUGAGGAAAAUGUACAAAAGGGUAUCGAGACACUGAGAAAGUACAUUGAAGAUGAUGAAACGUUACAUUUCAAAACGGACGAUGAAUUUCUUAUAAUAUUUCUACGAGUAUGUAAAUAUUAUCCUAAGAGUACAUACGAAUUGAUAAAGAGAAUCGCUGAUUUUAAAUUAAAAAAUGCUUCUCUUAUAAACAAUUUAAUGCCGGCCGAUGAAAAAGUAACAUUACUUGAGCACAAUGUCGUAAAUGUACUUAAAGGUAGAGAUGAUAAAAGACGAAGAGUUUUAAUACUUAAUGUUGGAAAAUCAUGGGAUCCAUCGAAAGUCAGUGCCGAUCAAAUAUUUCGAGUACUUUAUCUCAUUCAUAUAGCUGCCAUUUAUGAACCUGAAACUCAAGUACGUGGUUCAGUCGUAAUAAUGGAUUUUGAUGGUCUCUCGAUGAAACAAGUGAUGGGAUUGACACCGUCAUUUAGCAUGAGACUUUUAACUUUUAUUCAAGAUGCUGUACCAAUGCGAUUAAAAGAGGUUCAUAUUGUAAAACAACCAUUCAUCUUCAAAAUGGUCUGGAAAAUGUUUAGUCCAUUCGUUCGUGAAAAACUGAACAAGCGUUUGUAUUUCCACGGUACGAAUAUGUCUGAAUUGCAUAAAUGCAUAAGUCCUAGUCAUCUACCAAAAAAUUAUGGUGGCCUAUUACCAGAAAUUGAUUACAAAAGCGCUGAUUGGUAUCCAACUAUUAUUAAAUACGAAGAUAGAAUAAGAGAGUGGAACACGUUUGGAUAUCGCAAAACUGUAUAAUUUCAGUCUCGUAGAAUAUUUUUCUUUUUUUUUUUUUUCUUUUUUCGAACACAUACA